GAGGGGCGUGGCUGUCUGGUUGCUGCGAAACAGUAUCAGUGCCUCGGUUCGCAGUUCCUGUGUGCGGAGAGGGAGGCGUGUCCCUCAGAAUCCGCAACAUGGCGCUGAACAGAAACCAUUCGGAUGGAGGGGGUGUCGUAGUGAAUAAUUGUGAGAGCGUUUUGAUGUCCUACGACCAUGUGGAGCUUACAUUUAGUGACAUGGCCAGCUCUUCGGAUGCUUUUCGGGGGACUAAGAAAGGCACAAUAUUGCUGACCCCAUACAGAAUGAUCUUUGUAUCCAAAGGAAGGGAUCCAAUGCAGUCAUUUAUGAUGCCUUUCUACAUGUUAAAGGAUUGUGAAAUCAAGCAACCGGUUUUUGGUGCUAACUUCAUCAAAGGGAUUGUGAAAGCAGAACCUGGUGGUGGCUGGGAAGGCACUGCCACAUUUAAACUCAGUUUUCCAGCUGGGGGAGCCAUUGAAUUUGGACAGUAUAUGUUACAAGUGGCCUCUCAAGCUUCAAGAGGAGGACCUCCAGGAGGUGCAUUUCCUUUUAUGCCUAAUGGAGGCUAUGGCUACCCACCUCCGGCAGCCAAUGGCAUCUAUCCUUCCCCUCCUGCUGCGGCUGGGUACCCUUUUCCACCACCACCCAGUGAGUUUUAUCCAGGACCUCCAAUGCAAGACAGUUCGAUGGCAUACAUGCAUCCACCUCCUCCUCCCUACCCCGGGCCCAGGCAGCCCCCCUCAGCUUCUGCUCCUGACUUGCCUUCUACUCUAGCAGCUGAAGCCAAGGCUGCGGAGGCAGCUGCCAGCGCAUACAACAGUUCUAACCCUUCCAAUUAUUCCAUGCAAAUGGAUUUUCCUCCACCACCUCCUUACUUUCCACCGGAUGAAAAGAAAAACCAGUAAGAAGCCUUCUGUGCAGCUUUAACCAGGAACCAAGUUCCUGCCAUUCCUUUAUAGCUUCUUAACUAGAAGCCAGAUUUCCAAAGACACUAAUCCUGUAACAUUCCUGGUGAUGGUCUUUCUGCCAGUGAAUGCCCAUAGCUCAUUAAAGCCCAACUCCAGGCUCAGCCUCCCUAGUGCCCUUCCCCCAUGGAGCCAACCCAG